GCAGUGUGUGAAGGAGAGGAAGAAGGAAGCAAUGGCAAUUCCCAUAUUGAGGGCUGCAAUCAUUCCUCACUCUCAACCACUCCUUCAUUCUUCUAUAUCUGGUGGUAUUGAUGAAACUGCCAAAAAGAAGAAAAGACUGUUGCUUCCUUGUUGUUCUUCUUCUUCUGAGCUCAACCCUGCAAUUCGGUCAGAGGUUUCAUUUUCUGUUGGGUCUUGCCUCCUUCCUCAUCCAGACAAGGUUGAUAGAGGUGGGGAAGAUGCUUUGCUUGUCAGCAACUAUAAUGGGGGAGUUCUUGCUAUUGCUGAUGGUGUUUCUGGUUGGGCAGAAGAGGAUGUGGAUCCUUCGUUGUUCCCACGUGAAUUCCUGGCUAAUGCUUCUAAUUUUGUUGAAGAUAUGGAGGUGAACUAUGAUCCUCAAAUUCUUAUAAGGAAAUCGCAUGCUGCUACUUCCUCAACAGGCUCAGCCACUGUCAUUGUUGCUAUGCUGGAGAAGAAUGGGAUUUUGAAGAUUGCCAAUGUUGGGGAUUGUGGAUUAAGAGUUAUCCGCAAUGGCAGUGUAAUUUUUUCCACUUCACCACAAGAACAUUACUUUGACUGUCCAUUCCAACUGAGCUCCGAGAGGGCCGGCCAAACAUACCUUGAUGCAGCGCUGGGAAAACAGGUAAGCAAUGUGGAGUUGAUAGAGGGAGAUAUAAUUGUCAUGGGGUCUGAUGGUCUUUUUGAUAAUGUUUUUGACUAUGAAAUUGUUUCAACCAUUGCUACGUACAGAGAUGUUACUGAGGCUGCAAAGGCAUUAGCUAACUUGGCAAGAAUUCAUGCCACGGAUUCAAAUUUUGAUUCUCCCUAUUCAUUGGAGGCCAGGUCUAAGGGUUAUGAUGCGCCGCUAUGGAAGAAGAUUCUUGGAAUGAAGCUUACAGUUGUGUAUUGCAAGGCGCAUGGAGGUGGGAAGCUUGAUGAUAUUACCGUAAUUGUUGGUCAGGUUGUAAGUUCCUGAGAACUGCUAAUCCAUCUUGAUUGGUUGAUUAUACUUGAAGAAAGCAAAGAUCCUGAUUGUUGAGAUCACCACAGCAGCAAUUCUCUUCAGUAUACUGUGAUCACUAAAUGUUGGUGAUGCACUCGGAAAAUGGACAUCAGGAUUUAUCAUGGAAAUAUUUAUGCUUUGCUAUGAAGUGUUAUGUUGUGCAUCAUGCAUUUAGAGUGUGUUGUAUAAUGUGAUAUUCUUUAUAAAUUAAUUUUCUGUUUCUGAAA